AUGGAUUGUAAACGUCCCCUAAGCACGUUCCGUCUCCUUUCAUUUGAUAUAUUUGGCACCCUGAUCGACUGGGAGAGUGGAAUCCAUGAGGCCCUCAAGCCCCUAGUCCAACGAUUAGAUCACUCUAAUCCCCUGAAAACCGACAGGAAGAAGCUUGGAGACUUGUACGGUAAACAUGAGCGGGCUAUACAAGUGGAUAAUCCUGGGUUAGCUUACAACCUGGUCGUCAAGGAGGCUUACGAGCGUCUAGCAAGGGAGACACAAUCUCUCCCGGCAACAGAGCAUCUUCUAGACAAAGAGUCAACGGCAGUCGGCAAUAGUGUCGGCCGCUGGCCCCCCUUCCCUGACACCGUGGCCGCCAUGCGCCGGCUAAAGAAGAAAGGGUACAAGCUUGUCCCGCUGUCAAACGUGGACCGCGAGUCCUUCUCCAAUACGCUGGCCGGGCCGAUGGCAGGGCUGCGAGAUGGACUGGCACCAGAGGAGCCCUUCUUCGACGCCAUAUAUACGGCACAGGACAUUGGAUCGUACAAGCCGAACCUGCGCAACUUCGAAUAUCUGGUUUCACACGUCAAGUCCGAGUUUGGUGUCGAGCCAGCAGACAUCCUUCACGUAGCGCAAAGCCUGCACCAUGAUCAUGAGCCUGCGAAGAAGAUGGGCCUCAGUAGCGUCUGGAUCGCGAGAGGGAGCGGAUCGAGCAGCAUGGGAACCGAUGUCUGCGAGUAUCUCGAUGGAGGAAAAGUAGCCUUUGGAUGGCAAUUUGACGACCUGGCUGGACUGGCGGACGCGGUUGAGGCUUCACUACCGUAG